GUGUAUAAGAAGCGACGCUGAGGCGCAAAAAAGUGGGAGAUUCGAAGUGUGUAAAUAGAAGCGGAUUUAAACUAUUUUGGACGUGCAGCCGUAUUUCUGAUGCACUGACACGACACCCCGGAGACCUGUACUAACGUGUCUAGUAUGGCGACACCGAGCAAGACACCACCUGGAGCUGACCCGAAGCAGCUGGAGCGGACCGGGACGGUUCGGGAGAUCGGCUCCCAGGCGGUGUGGUCCCUCUCUUCCUGUAAACCUGGUUUUGGAGUGGAUCAGCUAAGGGAUGACAACCUGGAGACCUACUGGCAGUCGGAUGGGUCGCAGCCUCACCUGGUCAACAUACAGUUCAGGAGGAGGACGACAGUGAAGAUGUUGUGCAUUUAUGCUGAUUAUAAGUCAGACGAGAGCUACACCCCGAGUAAGAUCUCGGUGCGAGUCGGCUACAACUUCCACAAUCUUCAAGAAAUCAGGACCCUCCUCUUCCUCGUCUUCCCCUCUGCAGCAGCUGGAGAUGGUGGAGCCCAGUGGAUGGAUUCACAUCUCUCUCAUGAAUCCACGCACAAACGAGCCCAUCAGCACAUUCAUGAUCCAGAUCGCCGUGCUGGCCAACCACCAGAACGGGAGAGACACGCACAUGAGGCAGAUCAAAGUUUACACACCCGUGGAGGAGAGCUCGAUCGGCAAGUUCCCACGAUGCACCACGGUCGACUUUAUGAUGUACCGGACCAUCAGGUGAUCUGGACGUGACCCAGGAACCCCAACAGACUUAUAUCUGGAGCUGCUGCAGAUCAUUAUCAAUGAGAGGAACAUCAGUGAAGCUGCCAGUGUUGAAUAUUUAAAGAUGUUCAGUCAGAGUCAUAGACCCAGUCAGUGUUGGUUUACAUGCUUUAACAAUGAGUUUCCACACAGAGUGAAUGCUUUGAUAUGAAUUUGGUUCCUAAAUUUAACCUUUUUGUCUCUCGCAGUAUAAAAAAAUGUUUGUGCCUACACAUUGUUUCCUGUUGUGGAUUGUUAAUAAAAAGGUAAAAAAUAAAUGUUUCAAAAAUCCAGAA